AUGACAGUCAAAGGUGGUUCUCGCCCAGCUUGCGCCGCCUGCCGCUUCCAACGCCGCCGCUGUUCGCCUGACUGCCCACUUGCACCAUUUUUUCCGGCCAACCAACCCAAGAUCUUCCAGAACGUCCACCGCCUUUACGGCGUUGGAAACGUCAUGAAGAUACUAAACAUGUUGAACGACGAUGAGAAGAAAGAAGAAGCAAUGAAAUCAAUUAAAUACGAAUCUUACAUCCGUGAGAUUUAUCCAGUUGACGGAUGUUACGGAAGGAUAGCGUCUUUGAAACAAAACCUGGUGGAUUCGAUGCGAGAGCUUCAAUAUGUUCGUCUUUUGAUCCAUGCAUGUAGAAACAAGAAAGAUCUGACACAAGAUUCUGAUCAGAUGAUUAAUGAAUUAGGGAACAUUAAUAAGGAUCAUGGAUUUUAUAACUACUUUGGAUCAAGCAGUAGUCAUAAUAAUCAUAAACCUUACGAAUGGGAUGAUCAUAGAAUGAAAACAAGCAAUGAUCUCACACAAAUUCAACAUCGUUUUGAUGAAUUCAGAUUAUCUGGUGUCGAGGGAAGCCCAGAUUAUACUGAAAAUACGUGUGAUUCGUUUGCUGAUGAUCAACUAUGGUUCAUGGGAUCAAAAGAAGAUCACGAAUUGAGUAGUUCGUUUACAAAGCCAGUUGCUUUUUGCUAA